AUGGAUGUUUCUUCCACUUCCGAUGAUGAAAUAACCCUCUUGCGCACUUGGGCCCUGACUGUCACUCAUGUGGCAUGUGAUUAUACGGAACAGAAAUUCAAUGCAGAGAAGACAGGAGGAGACCCAGUUAUACCUUCUCCAAACCUAGACACUGAUCUGGUGAUGGCUUGUGAUCAAUUGGUUGAUCGGCUCAUAAAGGCAUAUAAAAAUCCCAUUCAGAUGCCGAUUGAUAUUGCAAGAUAUAGCAAAUUGAUCUCCCCAAAGGACACGGGGCGUAAUGAAGAGAGAGAGGAAAAGUUGCUUGAGAGGUGUCCUCCUGGCCAUGAGGGCACAAAGUUGAUCGACAUACCCGCAACAAUUCUUGAUGCAUCCGGUGCCAUCAUCGCAUGGUACCUCCCAGACGCCUUGACCGAUGCCACCCAGAAUGAAAUUUGGGCGGCCUCGGAUUUGCUAGCUCCCAUGCUCGAACAAAGCAUAAAGCUCGAUGGGAUUUGGCGGACUAAUCAACAGUGGUUCACACCAAGCUCGGAAAAUGAUGUCCUAACUCCCGGAUGCGUUAAUUUAUCUCCGGCAUGGUUUCAGCAGGGGCACGAGAAUCAGUCCGAUCCGGAGGUAUCUGCAUCAUUGAAGGGACCAUCCUCCGAGAACAUCCUCAAAGCCAUUGCGAGGCCAGCAGCCAUUGCCACAGCGGCACUCAGGGUGAUGCAUCCUGAGCAGUACUGGGCAGGGUUGCAAGCCUUUGCGAGCCUCGGAGAAAAGGCACGAAGCAAGGAACUGCCGAAGAUGUCAGAGACUCUCCAGUACUGGGCAACAGGUGUUUAA